AUGAACACCAGCCUUUCCACGGAAGUUCCGUACUCUAACGACCGGGGCCACCAUAGCAAGCUGACGAGUACAUCCCACAACAACAACGGAUCGUGUGUAAGCGCACACGACGACGAAGAGCAAGGCCAAGACCGCUUCGCUUUUGCCUGCGAUGAUCCCCCGUCGGAAGGAUUGGCCCCUUCCGGCCAAAUGCUGCAUAGCUCGGGCAGUCUAGAGGAUCUGGACGAUGUCUAUAAAACAUGCAACAGCCAAUCGAUGGUGGAAUGGAUCAACGACGAUGACGAACUCGAACAGCUGGACCUACCGAUCGGUCCGCUCGAUCCAACCAACUCCGUAUUCAACCGAGUGGACAGUUCAGACAUCAUCUACCAGGAAAAGAAAAAGAAAUGCAAACUCGUCGGAAAAUACGUGAUGGGGGAUGUACUUGGCGAGGGAAGCUAUGGUAAGGUGAAGGAGGUUCUUGAUUCCGAAACGCUUAGCCGACGAGCAGUGAAGAUUCUAACCAAGCGCAAGCUACGACGCAUUCCAAAUGGCGAGGAAAAUGUGCGGAGCGAAAUUAGGCUGUUACGCAAGUUGCAGCACCGCAACGUUAUUGAAUUGUUGGAUGUGCUGUACAACGAGCAAAAGCAGAAAAUGUAUCUCAUCAUGGAAUACUGCGUCGGUGGGUUGCAAGAGAUGCUGGAUUCGGUACCGGAUAAGCGAUUACCCACCCACCAGGCGCAUGACUACUUCGUGCAGUUGCUCGAUGGCCUCGAAUAUUUGCAUGGGAGGGGCAUCAUACACAAGGACAUCAAACCGGGCAAUCUGCUGCUAACACUGGAUCAUACGCUUAAGAUAUCGGACUUCGGUGUGGCGGAGGCCCUAGAUAUCUUUGCCCCAACGGAUGAGUGCCGGACCGGCCAGGGUUCGCCUGCCUUCCAAGCGCCGGAAAUUGCAAAUGGCCAUGAGGUGUUUUCAGGAUUUAAAGUCGAUAUUUGGAGCACGGGUGUUACACUGUACAAUAUAACUACCGGAUUAUAUCCGUUUGAGGGUGAUAAUAUUUAUAAACUGUUAGAAAACAUAGGGAAAUGCGAAUGGAAUCCUCCGGAAUGGUUAGAAUCCCGUUUGGCUGACUUGCUUGUGAACAUACUGCAGGCCGAUCCACUGAAACGGUUUACCCUGCAGCAGAUCCGGCAACACGAAUGGUUCCAGUUUGCCCCGAAUGCUACCAGUCCACUCGUACCGAUACCACCGUUGAAAGGCGAUUGGAAGAGAUGUUCCACCGUACUGCCUUAUCUGAUAGCUCAUCACUAUGAUAAUGAUCAGCCAACUGUUUACUACACCGAGCAUGAUAUCAAUGAAAUGGCUCGGCAACGGCACGAUCUGCUCGCUCAAGAAGACGGUCUAUACGAUCGCAACUACCUUGCACCGACGAUGGAAUCCCUCUCGUUCCACUCGGACGAUAUGAUAAGCGAAACGGGUUCGAGACGUCCCUACCAUCAGACAGGUGGCAGCGGCCGAACCACGUCUGAGAAACGCCCGUCGAGAAGUUUCUCCCUGUCACCCAAACCGAGCAUGAAGCAUAUGAUCAGCAGCUGUCCAGCCACAACGGGCAACAGUAGCAAACGACGAUCCCGGAAGACCGUCUCGUGUAUAUCGUGGCGCAAGUGGCCCCACUGCCGCCAAUCGUGA